AUGAGUGAUGGUUUGCUGCGAGUAUUUUGGCCAUAUGAUCUCCCGCGAUCUUCAUCGACGGGGGUGAUAGUCGGAUGGCGCAACUCAGAGCUAGAUUUAUUCGUGCUCACGGUCCUGGAGGAUGUCGAGCCACGCAAUGUCGACAACGCACUUAAGGCUGGCAUUCUUUUUCGAAAUAGCCCGCAUCCUAUUGUUCGCAUCUUUGCUCUCUGCGGUCGCUCCCAGAUGCACGUUCUCGGUUCGACAAAUCCAGGCACCCCACCAACUUCGUUCAAUCCCUCCCAUCUUCAUGUGACGACACAUCCGCCUUCGAAAAAUCACAUCCCGCGUAUCUACUGCCAGUCGGAGGCGAAUUUAUCGGUUCAGGUUGUCAUGUAUCAUCGUCCGCACCCAACGCGGAUGGAGUACAUGUCUUUGGACCCGAUUGCCCUUGCCUUGGGCGAUAAGGUAGCAGCUGUGGAAAAUGGUGGACCAUCAUUGGGUAAAGUUGAAUCAGGAGAGGAGAAAGAGAAAGCACGGUAUCAAGUACUUGUGGACAAGCUGAAAUUCCACACAGUGGUGAAGCACGUACCGUCGCAAAAGGAGCAGGCACUUCCGCUGAUAAUCAGCCAAGUCAACUGUGCGUAUGAAAUGAGCCAGUUGAUGCACAAAAAUUGUCAUCUCAUUGGAGUGCGCGCAAAGCGUAGCAUGAGUGUUGGAGAACGUGUGGUGGAAUCAGCAACUACUCUAUGGGGCUUAUUCGUUGUUUUCAUUGCUCAUAUAUUUUGGCAAUGGAUUUGGCCGGUCGUCACUAGAGUCUUUGUCAUUGGUCUUGUGGGACAUCGAUCUGUUGCGGAGGUUGUUCUCAAGGUUCUUGAGUGGCGGGCUCGGCCUGAUGCUGCUGCCCUUAAAGACAUUUCGGCAACGGCCCAACAGGUUGAUAUACGGCUGCAGCAAUUCUGCUAUUGGCCGAUCCAGUAUGUCAAGUUGCGUCAAAGAAAGGACAAUUGGGAGAGUGUGACUACCAGUCAUCCAGAUUACAUUCGAUUCUACAAUAGUCUGUGGCUCGUGGCUAAUGAUGUGAUCAUUGGAAUUGCCCUUGGCUCGUACAUCAUUGACAAUGCCAACUGGGUGGCCUCUCAGAUCAAUACAGUUCUCACUGGAUGGACUGUGGUAGGAUUGCAACGCACUAUCUCAUGGCUGAUGGAUUGGCCAGCUGGUUUGAAACUCAACAACGAGCUGGCAGCUUUCCUCGGUGAUCUAUUCCUCUGGGUCAUUGAAAACUGGGCCGCAUGCAUUGCCAACCUCCAACCCUACCUUCCCCAUAUCAUUUACAUCGUCGGAUGUUCCAGUUUUGCCGGAGCCAGCAUGCCAAUCGCGCUUUUCUCCGAUCUGCUUUCUAUUCUUACAGUUCACAUUUAUUCCUUCUACAUCGCCUCUGCCCGCAUCUUCAACUGGCAACUUACCAUAAUCAUCUCUCUUUUCCACCUUUUCCGCGGCAAAAAAAGAAACGUCUUGCGCAAUCGAAUUGAUUCAUGUGAUUACGACUUGGAUCAAUUACUUCUUGGCACUAUCCUCUUCACAGUGCUUUUCUUCCUUCUUCCUACCGUCAUCGUCUUUUACCUGACCUUUGCAUCGGCUCGCAUGUUGAUCAUCUCUAUGAAGGCCGGUUUCGAUACCUGCCUGGCAUUCCUUAAUCAUUUCCCACUCUUCGCCUUGAUGUUGCGAGUCAAAGACUCAAUGCGGUUGCCCGGUGGCAUCCGUUUCGAGCUCCGAGAGGAAGUGGACAAGCAUUCCACGGAUGCAGACUCUACUAUCUCUUACAUCCACCUCGAGUCCAUUCCACUUUCCCUCCGCGCCAUGUUCGACCAAUACUUCCAACUUGGCCACCGACUCCGCAAACACUACCUUGCCCCCAGUGUCAUUUUCUGUCUUGUUACUGGCCGCUUCGUGCCGCCCAUUCACCGUCGCAACUUAUACAGCAUGCAAUAUAGUAUGUUGCCCGCGCGUCGCGCCGGCAUGGCCGAGGUCUGGUCACUGCUCACUCAGCCUAAGAAAAACGGGGGUGGAAGCGGUGGCUCUGGGUCAAUGUCGGGCAGCAUGGGUUCUUUGGGACAUCCAGUAGCUAAAGUGCCGCCGAACUUUGGUCAGAGUGAUCUCCGCAGACGGGGUCAUCGGUGA